UUUUUGUGUUUAUAGGUAGCAGAGGAAGAAAACACAAUCGAAUCAGAAAUCAGAAAUCAGAGAUCAGAAGACAAUGGAGAAGGGAAAGGGACCGAUGGGAUCAGCAUCAGGAAGAAGAUGGGGCGUCAGUUUCUCUGACAAUUCAACUUCUCGCGAUAUUCCCGAUCCCCCUGGUUUCUCUCGCGCUUCUCUCGAACAGGACGAUUCAUCACUCAGUCGCCAGAAGAAGGAUGCUGAAUCCAAUUGGAAAUCCCAGAAAGCUUGGGAAGUUGCACAAGCUCCUGUGAAGAAUUUGCUAAUGAUGGGGUUCAUGAUGUGGAUGGCUGGUAGUACUGUUCACUUGUUUAGCAUUGGUAUCACCUUCUCAGCUCUUUGGCAGCCCAUUAGCGCCUUACAGAGCGUCGGAAAGAUUUUUGAGCCUUACAGAGACAGUAAAGUGGAGCUUCUUGGGCCUAAGUUGUUGUUCAUUGCGAUUAAUUUGGGUGGCUUGGCAUUAGGUGUUUGGAAGCUGAACGCAAUGGGGCUUCUUCCUACACACACCUCAGAUUGGGUCUCAUCCUUAGCUCCUGCUCAGGAGGUGGAGUAUUCAGGUGGGGGUAUAAAUUUGAAUUGAUGUUCAAGUUCUUUUUCACGCCUGACUUGUCUAGGAGGAAAUUCAAGUCAAGAAGGGUAAGGAUUUGGUGCUGUUGGUCAACAAACAUGUUUUAAUGAUCACUAUGGACCACUUGGGGGCAUGGCUUGUUUCUAAUUUAUGACAAAUGUUACCAACUCUUGCAGUCAACAAGGUUGGACAGGGUUUGUAAUAGAAUCAGAGUGCUCUGAAUUAGGAUUCUAAUGCACAUGACAAUUCACUACAUCUCUUUUGUUGCAGCUUUGAUAUAAAGCAAAAUGUUUUACAAGAAUCUUCCUUAUUUAUGAAGCUUUUAUAUGCUAAAGUUGAUCACUUUUCACCCUCUACA